AGGAUUCUUGAACUGGAAAGCUCUCUUGCAAAGUAUUCGCAAGGUGACCGAAACCAGUCAGAGGAAUUAAGUACUCUGAUGGAGUCUGAAAAGAAGCAGCACAAUAAGGAAAUCAGUGAUAUUGUUGAAAAGCACAAGAAAGAAUUGGAGAACAUGAAACAGCAGCAGGAAGAGCUUUGGGCAGAAAAACUUCAAACCUUAAAGCAACAUCAAGAAACUGAAAUAGAAAAAAUGAGAGAGAAACAAGAACAAGAGAUAAAUACAAUUUUGAAAGAGAAAGAAACAGUUUUCCGUGCACACAUAGAAGAGAUGAACGAAAAAACCUUAGAAAAACUUGAUGUGAAACAAACAGAAUUAGAAGCCUUGUCUUCUGAGCUAUCGGAAGCUCUAAAGAUACGUCAUGAUUUAGAAGAAGAGCUCGCACAAUUGAAUAGUAAAGUGUGUGAAGCAAAGCAAGAAUUGGAGGGAAAGUUGGAGGAAGAGAGGAAACGGCACAAUGAAGAGGUUGAAAUGAUGUUAAAAGAGCACAAACUGUCGAUUCAGGGUGUUGAGAGGGUACUCAAAGAGGAACUCAGCAAACUCAAGCAAUCAUUGGAGGAGAAGGACAGACAUCUGGAGGAACUAAAAGCACAUGAACAGAAACUAAAGGAAUCUGCAGAAAGAUCUGAAGCUGAACUUGUCCAAGUGUCUGCAAAGCUAGAGGAGCUCUCAGAAUCUCAUCGGGAUACUUCUGAUGGGCAGGCAAAGGUUUAUGAAGAGGAAUUAGCAAAGCUGCAGCAAAAGCUGACAGGUCUUGAAGGUGAAAAAUUGCAGUGUAGUGAGCAGCUAGAAAGAACCAAAUCCCAGCUGAAUGAAGUGAAAAUUGAGUUAGAGGCAUACAUCUCUCAGGUACGAGAGAAGGAAAAUGAAAUUGAACACAUGAAGAGGUUACAGAACCAGCAGGUGGAGGAGGAUCAACAGAAACUGUUAGCCGCAGAGGGGAGAAUGAGUGCUUUACAAGGAGAAUAUGAAAGUAAACUGAAACAACAGGAGAACAAGAUGGAGAAAAUGAAACAGAAAUCAAAAGAUAUGCAGGAAACUUUUAAAAAAAAACUUGCUGAGCAGGAAGCUAAACUAAAAAAAGAGCUUGAAAACAAGCAGUUGGAGUUCAGCCAGAAAGAGAGCGAAUUCAAUGCUAAAAUGUUGGAAAUGUCACAUGCCAGUUCAGCCAGAAUCAAUGAUGCCAUGUCAAAACUGGAAUCUUAUCACAAGGAGCAACUAGAGAGUCUUGCUGAGGCUCACAGGAGGGAGUUGGAAGAAAUUGCCCGGAGUUGGGAAGAGAAACUCAAUCAGCAGGUUGAAGAACUCCAGGAAAAACGUGAAAUGGAACUGCAGGAGAAGGAGCAGGAAGUUGGAGCCCUGAGGCAGAAACUUGCCUCCUUCAGUGCUGAGAAGGAGGGCUCCAGGACAGAAAUAACCCGACUGAAGGAAGAACAGGUGAAGGGGGAAGAGUCCCUGAAGGAACUGCAAGAACAACUAAGGCAGUCAGUGGCUCAGGUGAAUGCUUUGUCAGAUAAGGAAAGUAACCUGAAAAGACAGUUGAAAAAUUUGGAAAGUGACCUUAAUCAUUCCCUGAAGGAGCAAUCGGGACUUCAGGAACUGGUCAGCAAACAGAAAGCAGUUGAAGAUGAGGACAAAGCCAAAAUUACUGAGCUGACUGAUACACUGAAAACACUUGAGGAGAAACUCCAAACUGUGCAGUCCUCUCAGGAUAAAGACAGUGAAAAUUACGAGAAAAAAAUAGAGGUGAUUCAGCUAAAAGAAGCUGAGUUUAAAAGGCGCUCAGGAGAACUUGCAGCCCAGUUAGAGGCUUAUUGGAAGAAUGCUGAGGCUUUAUGGCAAACAAAAAGCAAUGAAUUAAUUGAAAGAUGUAAUGAAAAAAUUGGGUUAGUGACAUGCAAAAUUGCCGAUUGCCAGCGCCACACUGCAAAAGUUAAAGAAGCUGUGUUAGUGCAAAGGAGUAGGAUUCCUCAACUAGAAGCUCAGCUUAGAGAAGUAACAGAGCAUCAUUCUGCUGCAAGUACUUCUUUGCAGAAGUCAAUGCAACAGCUGCAAGAGAAGGACAAUUUAAUUGUGUCCAUGAGAGCUGACAUUGAGGGCCUUGUAACAGAGAAGGAACAGUUGCAGAAGGAAGGAGGGCAUCAGCAGCAAGCAGCAUCAGAAAAAGAAACGUGCAUAACACAGCUGAGGAAAGAGUUAUCUGAAAAUAUCAACGCUGUCACCUCAAUGAGGGAGGAACUCCUGGAAAAAGAAUCUGAGAUCUCUGCUCUUAACAAGACAGUCAGUGACCUUAACGUUAGACUUGAAAGCACGAUAAGCGUAACAGAGAAGGAAGCAGCCGUGUCUCUGUUAAACAAGCAACAUCAGGAGGAUCGGGUGCAAUUGUUAAACCAGGUACAGGAGUUAUCGUCCAGGGUUGAGAUCCUGAGUCAAGAAAAAGAAUCCGCUCUUCAGCAGGUAGAUCAUUGCACGGCCAAGCUGUCGGAGUGGAAGGUGAAAGCACAAACCAGGUUUACACAAAAUCAUGAUGCUAUUAAAGAUUUGCAGAGCAAACUUGAAUUAAGCAGUACUGAAGCCAGUAAAAAAGAUGAAGAGCUAAACGAACUGAAGGAGCAGCUGGCUAAACAAAGCAAAAAUCUUGAUAGUUUAAAAACUGAAUUGGAACAAAAGCAAAACGGGAAGGAAAAGCAAGAGAGUGAGCUAACUGCAGAGUUAAAAACCCAAGCAGCAACAAUUGCUGAACUGGAAGAACACAUUGCUCAGAAAACUGCGGAAAAUGAUUCCUUGAUGGAAGAACUUAAAAAGUACAAUGAACAAAAAGACAGAGAGCAAAAAGAGAUAGCUUGUCAACUCCAGCAGGCAGAGAAGGCAGCUUUUGAAAAGGACAAUAGAUUCAAGGAGGCUGAAGAAAAAGUGCGUAGUCUUGAAAAGCAAAUAGGUACGCUGAAAGCUGAAUUUGAAGCAAAGGAGCGGGAAUUUGGUGAAAUUAAGACCUCCAUACUGAAAAGCAAAGAGGAAGAACUGAAGGAAUUAGAAGAGAGACUGAAUACCGAGAACAGCGCUAAGCUGGCAGAUCUGAAAAAGAAGGCAGAGCAGAAAAUCAGUUCUAUUAAAAAGCAGUUGAAGUCUCAGAUAGAGGAAAAGGAACAGCAAUUUAAGCAGGAUAGAGAAAAUCAGUUAAGAGACUUAGAACAAAAAGUGCAGGAGAGAGAGGCCAAAAUUGUGUCCUUGGAAGAAAAAAUUAAGUCAACAAGAGAUUCCACAGAGUUAGAAAUGCUGCAAAAAGUAGAGAGUGUAAAAGCCGCUGUAGAACAAGAGAAAAACACCAUGCUCGAGGGUCUCCAACAGACAUACGAAGAGAAAAUGCACGUGCUAGAGAAGAGCUUGGCUGAAAAAGAUGAAUUGUUGCAGAAGUAUGAAGAGGAACAACGGGAGAGUAAUGGCUCUCGUCUAGAACUGCAAAACAAACAGGAAGGACUCCUUAAAAAACUGGAAUGCGUUGAGAAGAGCCAUCAGGAGGAGCAGAGUAGGACUGAAAGCCUCAGGAAGGAACUUGAGGAGCAAACCAAAAAAUACUCAUUGUUAGCGGAUGAGCAUGCUCGUUGUUGUGGUGAUUUAGCAGCUACUAGGGAAGAAUUAAAAGCGAAAGAGCAAAAACAUCUUGAUGUGGAGAAUGUAGUUGGAGAUUUACAGAAAAAAUGGCAGGAAAAGGAGGCAGACAUUCACUCUUUAGAAGAGAGAAUAAAAGAGUUGGAAAAUAAUCUAGUGAAGGAAAAAGAAGUGCAUAAGGCUGAGAUGGAAGAUAGGAGUUUGAGAUACGAAGAAAAGCUAAAAAGUUUACAGCAACAAUUGGAUGAAAGAAGUAACAGUCUGAAAGCUUUUGAGGCAAAUGCUGAAGAAAAGGCUCAGUCUGCUUUGGAGCUGCAGAAGUUACUAGGUGAUACGCAGAACCAGCAGAAGGACUUGCAGACUAAGCUGGAAGAGACUGAAAGGGAGAAACAGAAACUACACAAAGCAGUGAAUAAUCUUCAAAAAGACUUACGUGCUCUACGAAAAGAACAUCAGCAGGAGCUUGACAUAGUAAAGAAGGAGUCCUUAGAAGAAAUGGAGAAGAAAAUCAGAUGUGAACAAGAAGACAUUGAGUUAAAGCACAACUCCACCUUAAAGCAGUUAAUGAGAGAGUUCAAUACUCAGCUGGCUGAAAAGGAAAGAGAAUUGGAAACAGCAGUAAAAGAGGCGAUCAGUAAAGCCCAGGAGGUAGAAACUGAAUUGGUAGAAAAUCAUCACAUAGAAACAACACAGUUGCAUAAAAAAAUUGCUGAAAAAGAUGAUGAUCUAAAAAGAACUGUGAAAAAAUAUGAAGAAAUCCUUGAG